AUGUUUCUAUAUCACAAGAUUCUUUCCUAUGGAACCAAUGUCAAUGGGGUAGUCACUGGACAUUUCCUCGGAAAUAACGACCUCCAGUUCAUUAUUCUCAGUGGAACAUCCAUUUCCUUAUAUAGUGUUAUCGAUGGAAAGGAGUAUAACGUCGUAACCCAAACUCUGUUUGGGACUGGACUCGUUAUACAAAGACUCAAGUUAUCUGACUAUUUUAAGGACUUGAUCGUGCUCACUUCUGAUAGUGGCUGUAUGUCGAUUUUGUGGUAUAGCCUGGAAUCGAGUUCGUUCCAAACAAUCGCAAACUUUCAAUUCGGCAAACCAGGAUGUCUGCUGGAGGUUCCUGGUCAAUAUCUUGCUGUGAACGCCGAUAAUAAUCUCAUCGCGAUUGGAGCUCUGGGCGGUGAAAUCCUAGUAUAUUCUCUUGAACAUUCCAUCAACUACGAUACAAACGAGAUCCAGUUUGUGGAGAAGGAACCUCUUCGCUAUUCCUUCGCCAACUGUAUCAUCGGGUCGAUGAAGUGGUGUUCGUCCACCGUGCUCGCCUGUCUUUGUAUGGAUCUGGUUUCCAAAUCCAAGUCGGUGCGUUUUCUCUCCAUUUCCGCUUCUUCUAAUUCCAUCAGCAUCCAAAACACCAUCGAUCUCCCUCCCCAGGAAUCGCACCAUAUCACAGAUCUCUUCUUCUGUACUCUUCUCCACACACUCUCUUUUUCUUACUUCUAG